AGACGCUUCAAGUAGGAGAAUAGGUCGGUAUCACCCUCGGUAUGCGCCCCCUUCGGACUUGUGCGUGCCGUGGCGAGGUAGUGUUUUGACAGGUACCGCUAAAGUAAGAUCUCGUCCUCGGAUUGUAUUUCCUCCUUCCUCGUGAAGGUGACAAAGCCGGUUCUCCACGACCGCCUCUGUGGUCGCCGUGAGCCUCACACGCGAGCAUAUCCGCCUAUUGUGGCCCGAGGCGCCUGCGGUCUCGACUCGACGACGAAGAGGCGCAACCUAUUCUGUGCCUCUCCGUCUAGACGUACGGUGCAGGAACUCACUGAUAUACGACAUGUAUGCUCUCCACUGACCUGGACAGCAGCAGCUCCCGCGUCAUACCUCCGACUUCAAACUGCGCAACCACCCUCCGUGUUCUUCUGUGCGUUCCUUCGAAGCCCCGACCCUCUGACUGAGCGUUCUAUGCCGGGGAUCCACCUACUGUGGCGCGGGGCGCAUGUACGUUCGCCUCGUUUCCACGAAGCGACGAAGAGGCGAGUGUCCGCCCCUCCGUCUUCCGUAUGAUGACAUGUCAUCCUCAGCAGCCCGAAGGUUAUAAGAGGUCGGUCUACUAGACAUGUACCGAUGCUAUAUCCUUCCGCGUCGUCGCCAUCUGUCACGCCGCAUACCGCCCGCCUCCGCCUCUGUUUGCCCCGCGCCCGCGCCUUUCUUCCUUGGAGCAUGCAGCCCGUCUAUUGGUACUAUCACGAUCCGCGAGCCGUCCCACUCACCAACACCCCUUCCUGGUCUCCGGCACGCUCCCCGCCCGAGGCGGGGUAUGGCCCAUCCGCCAUGGUCCCUUGGCCUUGGGGCGCCGCAGGGUACUGUCCGCAUCACCCUCCGAACUUUCUCUUCAGCGGUGUUAGACCCUCUGUACCCCAGCAACCCAUCAUCCAUGGCCAGCCAGCCCCGGCGAUCGACCGUGUUCCCAUCCACGAGGAUUCGGGACCCCGUUACCCCCUGUCCGUGUUGUCCCAGUCGCCCAACCUCCACCCAGUCGUCGAACGGCUGCUGCUUGCGAUACCCCGACUGAGGGCGUCCAGCCGAUGGAGCCCGCAGGACGACCCUUUUCGGCCAUUUGCUGAAGCGGGCGUUGACCUGAGCGCGCCGGAACUGAGGGCCGCGCUCGAUGAGCCGGCGGUGCCAGAAUGGCAAACGGUUUUCGGGCGCGACGCCCCGCGUCGGCACGUGUUCCCGUCGAUCCGCGUGGUGUUUUCCCCUCUCGGAGAAUAUGGCGCGCUGGUCGUGUCGAUCCAAGUCACGCGCGGGCACUACUACGUUGCAGGGUACGUGAGUGGGGUGUCCUGCAGGCCAGUUGAGAACGAACCUGUCACGGUGAAGGAUUUCCUAUACGGGCUCUGGAGAGGUCUUACGGAGGAUCUAGGACUGGAAUCGGAUGAGGGGCGAGGCAUUCCUUCAGGAUGGAUGUCGAAGGCUGUUCGCAGCGCCAACCGGCAGUCACCCGAGGGAGGGCCUGCAGCCUCCUCCUCCUCUCUAGGCGAUAAGCUGCGGGUGCGGAGGAUCGACUUUCUGUCCGGUGUCCGUUUCUCCAGCGUAGAGACUUAUGGGCCCCGGAUAGCUACACAGGCUGCCGGCCGCACGCCUAUUCUUGAGGUGGUUGUGCGGAGAGCCGAGUCCAGUAGAGGUUUUAGCUAGCCUCGCGGGGGCAGCAAUCUGUGCGAUAGUGGUCAGGACAAGGACUUGCCUGGAGGAGCU